GAUAAAAAAUAGGAGGUAAGAGACUCUGAUUUAGAGUUGGCAAUUGGCAUGGGCGAGAGCUGCUUCCCACUCGAUAGUUGACUCCGAUUAUUUUCUCUAAGUAAACGCGGGCUCAGGUCGUCUUGCACUCUCCCUCUUUAUAAUCCCUUGAUCCCUCUUUCUACUCCUAACUCCCCCCUCAUGGCGUCGCUCUCGAGCCCUACAGCGUCGUCAUUUGCCUCUCAUUCCGGAUCCGCGAAAGAAUUCCGCCCUCUAUCCGUCCGAUCCUGGCCUGCCUUCUUCAUGUGCCGACCCUUCGCUAGCAAUCCUGCGCCAAGGGGGAGGAGAACGGUCGCCGUUGCUCCCUCCGCCUCUCUUCGUCGCCCCCUUGUCUGCAAAGCCGCAUCUGUGACUCCUCACGGGGAGAUUGAAGGCCUCAACAUAGCCGAAGAUGUCACACAGCUGAUAGGUAAGACACCAAUGGUGUAUCUAAACAAUAUCAUUAAGGGAAGUGUUGCAAGCGUUGCUGCCAAACUUGAGAUAAUGGAACCUUGUUGCAGUGUUAAAGAUAGGAUUGGGUACAGUAUGAUAGCUGAUGCUGAACAAAAAGGGCUUAUAACACCAGAAAAGAGUAUAUUGGUGGAACCAACAAGUGGUAACACGGGGAUCGGUCUUGCAUUUAUUGCUGCUGCGAAAGGCUACAAACUGAUUUUGACCAUGCCAGCAUCUAUGAGCAUUGAAAGACGAGUUCUUCUAAAAGCUUUUGGUGCAGAACUUGUCCUUACAGAUUCUGCCAAAGGCAUGACAGGGGCAAUUCAAAAGGCGGAAGAGAUUCUGAAGAAAACACCUGAUGCUUACAUGCUUCAACAAUUUGACAAUCCUGCAAAUCCAAAGAUACAUUAUCAGACUACCGGCCCUGAAAUCUGGGAAGAUACAAGAGGGAAGGUGGAUAUUUUUGUUGCUGGAAUUGGGACAGGUGGAACUAUCUCUGGUGUUGGCCUUUAUUUGAAAGAAAAAAAUCCUAACAUUAAGGUCAUUGGAAUUGAGCCCACUGAAAGCAACAUUCUCUCAGGGGGAAAACCUGGUCCACACAAAAUUCAAGGAAUUGGAGCAGGUUUUGUACCCGGGAAUUUGGACCUUGAAGUAGUAGAUGAGAUUUUAGAGAUAUCAAGCAAUGAAGCUGUUGAAACUGCAAAACAGUUGGCUCUUCAAGAGGGAUUGCUGGUUGGUAUUUCUUCUGGAGCAGCAGCAGCUGCUGCAAUAAAGGUUGCAAGUAGACCAGAAAAUGUCGGAAAACUUAUCACGGUUGUGUUUCCUAGCUUCGGCGAGAGAUACCUUUCUUCUGUGCUGUUCCAAUCGAUUCGAGAUGAAUGCGAGAAGAUGCAACCUGAUCCCUGAUGCAAUUUUCCAACAGCUUCAGCUGAUUUCAUUCAUUUUCGUUUCCUACCGGUGCAAAUGCAAUUGAUAGAUACACUUUUCAAGAAAUAAAGUUACUGCACCAUAUAAAUUUCAUGUUCAAAUGUAUUUCACAUAUACUUUGUUGUAUUUGAGAUGUUGAAUAAAAGCAAUUUGCUUUCUAUAAAAUAUUUUUUUUUAA